AGCGCUGCUGCUGGGUUGAGGAAAUUGAUGACGGGGAAGCAUGCGGGCAACCCAGUGUAUAAAACUCAUAAACGUGUAGGCAGAGACUCAGCUACCACUUUGGACUCUGCUUGCUACCAGCAAAGACCACAACUCGGAGCCGAGCCUGAGCCCACAGAGAAACAUGAGGAGCCUCUUGCUGCUGACCACACUCCUUGUACCUGUGCACCUGGCUGUGGCUUGGAGUGUCAAGUAUGCCGUGGACUGCCCAGAACAUUGUGACAGUAGUGAGUGCAGAAGCAAUUUGCACUGCAAGAAGAUGGUGCUGGAUGACUGUGGCUGCUGCCAGGUGUGCGCUGCAGGGCUGGGAGAAACCUGCUACCGCACGGUCUCAGGCAUGGAUGGCGUGAAGUGUGGCCCGGGGCUGAGGUGUCAGUUUUACAGUGAGGAGGAUGAUUUUGGUGAAGAGUUUGGUAUCUGCAAAGACUGCCCCUACGGCACCUUCGGGAUGGAAUGCAAAGAAACCUGCAACUGCCAGUCGGGCAUAUGUGACAGGGUGACCGGCAAAUGUCUGAAAUUUUCUUUCUUCCCAUAUUCAUCAACCAAGUCUUCCCGGAGAUUUGUUUCAAGCACAGAGCUUGACUUGGCAUCUGGAGAUGGCAAUGCUGUCAGAGAAGAAACUGUGAAAGAUAAUGCUGCUCAGUCCCCUGUAAUGAAAUGGUUGAAUCCACGCUGAUCCUGGGUGGGAUUUUUCAAGAAAAGCUUCUAUUUUAAUGAUUGUUCAACACUCAGCCAACAUUUAAAAAAUUGUCUAGAUUAUAGCAUAUGGAUAAAUAAUUUUUGGAGGUCAAGUAUGAUUCAGGGUAGAUUCAGAAAAAAGAAAGUAGGCUACUUACAAUCCAUAAAAUGCAUAUGAUUGAACACAUUUAGAUAUUUGUUAAAUAUUUGAAUGCAUAUAGAUUUGUUAAAUGUGUGUGUAUAGUAUUAAUGAAGAACUAAAAAAUGCAAUUUAGAUAAUCUUAUAUGGAGACAGGUCAAAGAGAAAGCUAGUCAAAGGUGAAGACCACAGUGACCCCAUGGCGGGUUGUUUGACUUGGAUGUACAUUAAUGUUAGGAUACGUAAAGGAGGAACAGGCAGAAGCAAGAGAAGGUAGGGAGGGGAGUGAGAGUGGGGAUUAUAAUAUUUAGCUUUUCCUUGUGGUAGCUUCAGUAGAACCUAAUUUAAUUGGGAGGAUGGGUGGGGGUUGAAAUAAAAAAAUAAACAAACAAACAAACUAGAAAACCCCUGAUGUGUGAUGUUUAAAACUUGUGGGUAUUUGACCUUGAAUUGGGGUUGUUGCCAAUGCAGCACUCAGGUGGGUUGAAGGAUGGUUCUGGGGCAGAGGAUCAACAAUACAUUUCCAUCAGUGUUUAAAGAAUGCCUCAUCUGAGAUAGUACUAGGGAGUGUUUUGCCUGCUGGGGGGUGGGGAGGGAUGAGGUAAAUAUUUAUAUAUUUUUAUAAACAAAUAUGUUUAAUACAAGUCAUCCUCCAUGCUCAUAUUCAUCACCCUCUGGGGGCAAUGAACAUAAAACCACUUGUUUAAAAUAGUUGCAAUAAAGGUGUAACUCUAUAAGGCUUUCAAACAUCUGAGGCUGGAAAAUAUAUUAUUAAUAGCUAUUGCAUAGUAACAGUAAUUAGUACAAGAGAAACGAAAAAUUUAGUCACUCUGGAUUUAUAAAAUAUCAAAAAGUGAGCAACAGAGGGAAUUUACUUAAAAGACAGUGGGAUGACUUAGAUGUAUUUAAAAUCUAAAGUAGACAAUAACUGAUUAGGAGGGUUGGAACUGAAAAGUCAAUUUCAGCAGGAAACAUCAACUUAAAAAUAUAGUGUAUUUUCAUAUUUGUUUUCAAACUUGAUUGAUAAGUGGAAAUAGGAGUACACUUGGGAGGAUCUUAGCACAAACAGGACUGUUGUACUAGAUGUUGCUAGGAAAUAUUUGCAGAAGUGUUUUAUUUGGAGUAAAGAACUUAUUUAAGAUUUAUUUCCCUAUUUACCUAUAUUUUCAUCAGAGUUGUGAAUGUGCGUGUGGGAGGGUCUUUGAAUGUAAGCAGUAUAAGCUGUUAGGUUUUGUU